CUUCCUUUCGAAACCCUAGCUCUUCCUUUCACCCUUCCUCUCUCGUAUUCUCUCAAAUUCCUCUCAAACCAUAGUUUCUGUUCCUCUAUACUUUCAUUAGCUUUCUCAGGAAAAUCUCGAGCGAAGCAGAAGCUCCAGUAAAAGAAGCGAACAGGCGGUAUGGGCUCCAAAUCGAAGAAUGAAAACCCUCAUUCUGGAGAUGGCGCUAGCCCCGGUAAGAUUUUUAUUGGAGGGUUGGCAAAGGAUACCUCAUAUGUUACAUUUAAUAAGCACUUCGGUAAGUAUGGGGAGAUAACGGAUUCCGUGAUUAUGAAAGAUCGAUACACUGGACAGCCCAGAGGUUUUGGAUUUAUUACAUACGCAGAUCCAUCCGUCGUAGAUAAGGUUUUAGAGGAUACCCAUGUCAUCAAUGGGAAAGAGGUUGAGAUUAAAAGAACUAUUCCAAAAGGUGCUAGUCAGUCCAAGGAUUUCAAGACGAAGAAGAUAUUUGUUGGCGGUAUACCUUCAUCAGUUACUGAAGAGGAAUUCAGGAAUUUCUUCUCCAAAUAUGGGGAAGUUGUGGAACACCAGAUAAUACGUGACCAUGAAACAAACCGUUCGCGAGGUUUUGGUUUUAUAAUUUUUGACAGUGAAGAAGUUGUGGAUGAAAUGUUAUCAAAGGGAAAUAUGAUUGAUAUGUCGGGUACCCAGGUGGAGAUCAAGAAAGCCGAACCAAAGAAAUCCUCCAACCCACCACCUGCUUCUGCAUAUGGUAGCAACUCUAGGGCUCGUUCUUACAAUGAUGGCUAUGGUGGAUUUGGCGGACCCUAUGGGGGCUUUGAUGGAGGGUUUGGUCCAGGGCCUUAUAGGACACCAGGAGGUCUUGGCAAUAGGCUUGGCAGUGGUUAUGGGUAUGGCAGUGGUGGAAGCGAAUUCAGUAGUGGUUAUGGGGGAUUUGGAGGCAGUAGCCUAGGAAGCUACCGAGGUGAAUCUUCUAUUGGUUAUUCCGGUCGAUUUGGACCAUAUAGCAGUGGGUUUGGUGGGGGUUAUGGUGGCAGUGGCUUAGGUGGAUAUGGUCGAGGAGGGGAAGGUUAUGGAGGUUAUGGAAGUUCAGGCUAUGGUGGUGGUUAUGAUUCUGGUCCAGGUGCUAGUUAUGGCGGAGCAGGUGGGCUGUAUGGAAGGGGCUAUAGUGGCAAUAGUCGGUAUCAUCCAUAUGCAAGAUAGUGUGGAAGCAUUUUGAUGCAGUUCCAUAACAUUUCCAUAGAAGUUCCAGACAGGUUCCUCUAGAUUGUAUCAUGCACCGUUAGGCACUUCCUCACGAGAACUAGAAGUCUUCUAUUAUUAGCACGUGGGGAAGCUUUUCAAGAUUGGAAGGGCUGUUAUAUUGUAUUUGGUGGACACUAGAAUUCUUCAAAUUAGUGAUUGGCUAUCUCCUAGUUUGUUUUUCAAUUUAGCUUGUUAUGUAGACUAUAGUACCUUGGCUGAAGUUUGUUGCUAUCUUCUCUAGUUUGAUCUAGAUAGACAUUUUAAUGCUUUUAAUUUAUAUUUAGUUUGUCAUAUGUACAUUUUCGGCAUGUGGGUCUAUUGGUUUAGUUUGAUGUAGAGGCAAAUGAUUUAUGAUUUAGUGUUACUUUAUGAGUGCUUGUUACAUAGGCAAAUACUUUAGAUUUAAAAAUUAGAAGUAGGAAGUAAUCUAGUUUGUGGAGGGAAAGCUUGGAUGCUUAUCCUAGUUUUGGUAAGAAUUUUUUCACCUUGGCAAAACACUUACAUCCCAUUUGCAUAGGGAUAGAUCAUAAGUUUGCUUUUCUAAGGUUUGAUUAUCAAAUAGUUUUGAAGUGUUGUGCUAGGGGUUAGCUUAGAGCGGUAUUGCCCUCUAACCACCCCGAUAAGCUUACUCUUGGCCUUUGAAUACCUGAUUAAGCAGAAGAGUCGUGGUUGUACUUGUUCCUCAAACUGUAACAUUAUGUCAGUGGUGAUUGGAUCUUAUUGUCAACCAUUCUUCAGGGCAUAUUGUUUUAUGUGUUUUUUCUGUUGGAUGGCUUCUGCUGUGACAGAAGUUUGCAUGAAGCAUUUGGGAGCAAUUGGGCCCUUUCAAAUGGUUGGUUCUUUUUGUAGUCAUCUGUGUUGUAAAUUUUACUAAUAAUAAUAAAGGUUAAACAAGAAUGUCGUUUUCGGGC